AGAAAUCAUGACGUCAUCUCCCCGCGCCACACGAAGCGCGGAGGCCACUAUGGGAGGACAGAGAAAGGCGGAGCGUUCUCCAGGCGGUUGUCCUCCUCGUGCACGUUGAUGGUUUUACGAAUUAGCUUAGCUGCAAGACGGAUCAUCAUCCUCGUCCGGAUAGCUUGACUGAAAUCAGACAUGUCUGUCACCGAGAUGUUCAGUUAUAUCCAGGGCUUUCUGAGCGCCGACCAGGACGUCAGAGAGGAUAUCCGUAAGGUGGUCCAGACAUUGGAGCAGACUGCCAGAGAAAUACUAACAGUACUCCAAAGUGUCCACCAACCAUCUGGAUUCAAAGAAAUUCCCAGUAAAUGUGAAAAGGCACGGGAGUUGUUCUGCACAGUCAGGACACAAAUUUGCAACCUCAAAACAAAAUUUCCUGCGGAGCAGUAUUACAGGUUCCAUGAACACUGGCGGUUUGUGCUGCAGCGCCUGGUUUUUUUAGCAGCCUUUGUUGUCUACCUGGAGACUGAAACUCUUGUGAUUCGGGAGGAAGUGGCCAAGAUACUCGGCAUUGAGGUGGUGCGAGAGAAAGGCUUUCACCUGGACGUAGAGGACUACCUGGCAGGUGUGCUGAUCAUGGCCAGUGAACUGUCGCGGUUGGCAGUAAACAGCGUCACAGCAGGAGACUACACCCGGCCGCUCCGCAUCUCCAACUUCAUCAACGAGCUGGACUCGGGCUUCCGCCUGCUCAACCUGAAGAACGACCCGCUGCGGAAGCGUUACGACGGCCUCAAGUACGACGUGAAGAAGAUCGAGGAGGUGGUUUACGACCUUUCCAUCCGCGGGCUGGCCAAGGAGGGCGAGACUGGCGGGGACAAGUAGAUCUCGGAGGCUGCUGCACCUUACCCCGUCUGGAAGACAAGACCCAGGGAUCUACCUGAGGCUCCACCAGCUGAGGACAGGGUGUGCCCCUGGGUAUGAGUGUGUUUGUGCGAAUGCAUGCAUGAGAGGUGCUUUAGAUGGAUGGCAGUGUGCCAGAAAGGGGGGGCAGAGACGCUGGCAGAGUUUGACGCCCUCAUUCAUAACCGAAGGUUCAGUUUGUUUUUGGAAAUCUGUGUUCUCGGCUUCAUCUUAUUCAUCGUUAUUGUUUCACUGAGUUGGUUUUGCAACUGUUCUGUCUAAAUUGCAACAGUCAACCUGUUAUUAUAAGACUGCAUUAUUGAUGUUUAAUUCUGUUCGUGUUUAUUUGCAAAAAAAAGAAAAGUGAAAUGUGUUCACCAGGUAUGCCUGGUAGUAUUUCUUAAGACUCUUGUGUUAUUGCACCCUCACAGAUCCAGGAGCCUCAUUUAUAAAGGAAGUAGUUGAUGCAAAAUUAUGCUAACCAAGUACAUUUUACAGCAUCCUUACCAGAUUUUCAUCAUUACUGGCUUUCAUAAGAAAAGCCUCUGUUUUGGAUUUUGAUCAUUAUCCCCUAACCUGCAUAUACCUAGAUUUUUUUUUUUUUUUUUUAAUUUUUAUAAAUGAGGCUUCAGGAGCAAUAGAGCCAAAGAAAUGCACUUCACAUGGUAUAAAGCUACUCUAAGAUUCCUUUUUUCGUGUAUUUUUUUUUUGUUUCCAACAGCAAGGUAACCUUGCAGAGCAAUGCCAAUGAAUGCAGAAUGUCAGACAUUUUAAUGUUUGUCAGAUGAUUAAGCUUUCUCUGGAAAUCCAUGAGUGUACACGAAAUAGUCAGAAUAUCAUGUUCUGAACGGGAAAUGUUUACUUUUUUUCUACAUGUCAUUUUUCAAACAUGUCUUGAAGGUUUGUUUCUAUUGUUGGCAUCCAUGCUUCUAGACUUUAGUGGGUUAGCUGGGUUGUAUGUUCUAGAAAAAGAAAAAAAACAUGUUUACUCUUUCCAUAAUGUGCUUUUUGUUAAGUGCAUUUCACUUGUGUAUGUAUUCCAGUCUUAGAAUCAGUUGUCUUUACAGAUGCUUAAAAUGAUGUAAAUAUAUUUCUACAUUCUA